UCACAUAUAUUGUUGUUCAGUGUUUGCGAACGGGAGGCCGUGUAACUGUGCGUGAAGCUGAGCUAGAAGAAAUCUGACAAUAGCGUGCUGUAGGUGGAAUAUGUCUGCCGAAAAAAGAGUGAGGCUUCUGGAGGCAGCUUACAAUGGAGCUGUCGAAGAGCUGAAAGAACUGCUGUGUGUGAGGACGGACGUAGGGCUGAGGGACGACUACGAAAUGACCGCCCUGCACUGUGCAGUGGAAGGCGGAAGUGUGGAGGCGGUCAGAAUUCUCCUAGACAGUGGAGCAGACGUGAAUGCCAGGAACCAGGAGUGGGACACGCCCCUGCACAUCGCUGCGUUCUUCGGUUACGUGGCCGUCGUGCGGCUGCUGCUGUCAGAGUCGGCGGACCCGAGUCCCAGCUGCCAGAAAGGGUGGACGCCACUGCACUGGGCAGCGCAGGAGGGACACGCCGAGGUGGUGGCUGCACUUUUAGGUGCGGGAGCAGACACGGGCAUCAGGGACGUAGAGGGGAGGACGCCGCUGGACCUUGCCAGGCAGUACGGCAGAUGGGAGCUGGUCACUAUUCUCACAUAAGGGCGUCAGUUUACUAUGUGUAUGAGUAGCUAUCAAUUGCACUGAUAAUUAGAGAUUGGAUGAUGGGCAAUGUAAAAGGUCAAAAUAUAUGUACAAAUUGCUUAAAAUAUGCACGAAAAAUGUUGAAACAUACAAGAUAAAGUAAUAAAAAACAUAGCAGUUA